CUUUCUCUCUCUCUGGAUUUGUAUUCUGGGUACCCCAGUUGGGAGGACCCUCGUCUGACGAGAGCGGCCUCACCAGGGCAAUGGAGCCUUAGAAAAUGGUUUGACAUCCCACAAUAUCGCACCACUGAUGUCCGAUUCAGUGCAAUGAAAGCCGUCAGUGUAAUGAUGUCAUGUGAUCACUAACAGCCAAUCUACGGGUGUCAUGUCAUCCCUUACAGCCAAUGUAAUGGUGUCAUGUGAUCAAUUAGAGCCAAUGUAAUGAAAGCCAUCAAUAUAAUGGUGUCAUGUGAUCACUUAGAGCCAAUCUAAGGGUGUCGUGAUCAAUUAGAGCCAAUGUUAAUGAAAGCCAUCAGUGUAAUGGUGUCAUGUGACCACUUAGAGCCAAUCUAAUGAAAGCUAUCAGUAUGAUGGUGUCAUGUGAGCACUUACAGCCAAUGUAAUGAAAGCCAUCAGCAAAAUGGUGUCAUGUGACCACUUAGAGCCAAUGUAAUGAAAGCCAUCAGUGUAAUGGUGUCAUGUGACCACGUAGAGCCAAUGUAAUGAAAGCCAUCAGUAUGAUGGUGUCAUGUGACCACUUAGAGCCAAUGAAAUGGUGUCAUGUGACCACUUAGAGACAAUAUAAUGGUGUCAUGUGAUCCCUUAGAGCCAAUCUAAUGAAAGCCAUCAGUAUGAUGGUGUCAUGUGACCACUUACAGCCAAUGUAAUGGUGUCAUGUGACCACUUAGAGCCAAUGUAAUGAAAGCCAUCAAUGUAAUGGUGUCAUGUGACCACUUAGAGCCAUGUACUGGUGUCAUGUGAUCAAUUAGAGCCAAUGUAAUGAAAGCCAUCAGCGUAAUGGUGUCAUGUGACCACUUAGAGCCAAUGUAGAGAAAGCCAUCAGCGUAAUGGUGUCAUGUGAUCGAUUAGAGCCAAUGUAGAGAAAGCCAUCAGUGUAAUGGUGUCAUGUGAUCGAUUAGAGCCAAUCUAAGGAUGUCAUGUGAUCGAUUAGAGCCAAUGUAGAGAAAGCCAUCAGUGUAAUGGUGUCAUGUGAUCACUUAGAGCCAAUCUAAGGGUGUCAUGUGAUCGAUUAGAGCCAAUGUAGAGAAAGCCAUCAGUGUAAUGGUGUCAUGUGAUCACUUAGAGUCAAUCUAAGGGUGUCAUGUGAUCGAUUAGAGCCAAUGUAGAGAAAGCCAUCAGUGUAAUGGUGUCAUGUGAUCGAUUAUAACCAAUGUAAUGAAAGUCAUCAGUGAAAUGGUGUCAUGUGACCACUUAGAGCCAAUCUAAUGAAAGCCAUCAGUGUAAUGGUGUCUAAUGACCACUUAGAUCCAAUGUAAUGGUGUCAUGUGAUUACUUAGAGCCGAUGUAAUGAAAGCUGUACCAGGGCCAUGCCAUUUAAAGUUUUGGGGGAGGUAAGUGGCCUUCAUAAGACUGGAGUAAACCAUAUGAGGUGUUGGAGGGGUGGGAUGUUAUUUAUUCAUCCUGACUGCACUACAUGUGGGGGUUUGGGACACGAAGAACCCUUGCCGAAUCUAGACUGAACCACAAUGGAUGGCGGGGAGGCCGAUUCCUUGGUAUCACGGUCCGCACUCAGGACAGCUUUCUUGGACAUGAUAUCCAGUAGUUGGGAAAUAAGAGAUGAAUGAUUGAUCUGAAGGGAGGGUGCAAGGAGGCGUGAAGAUGAAAGGGGUCAUUGGAGGACACACAACGUAGGAGGACGGUGAGGAAUAUCCAGUGACAGACGAUGGAGCCCGGAGAGGACAUACAUUAGGUUUGGAGGAAUCUCUUCUUGUGUGUGAAAUGUAGACAAUUAUCCACCCGGAGCCAAGGACGGCCCUGACAACCUCCACAUCCUGAAGGACUACUACUCCCAGCAUUCUCCCCACAGGGAUUGGGAUAGAACUAUUAUUCAUCCGAAUUCUAUCUUGGAAAGUCUGCACUUCUUUUCACCGGCUGGCAGGGCUCCGUAUAAGAAGACAUCACCCUUCCUCUUCACCCUCUCGUCCUCUGCUGGUACCUGGUGUGACAUGGCAUGCCGGCCUGCACGGGAGAGGCUGCAGAACCGGCUGAGACUCAGGAACGCCCUCGCCCGGGAAUGCCUCGCCGAAUUUCUUGGAGUCUUUGUUCUGCUCCUGAUCACUGUUGCGGCCACGGCGCAGGGAGUCACCAGCCAGAACACCAAAGGGAACUUCUUCUGCAUGUACCUGGCUGGAGCCAUCGCUGUCGUUAUGGCGAUUUAUGUGUCGGGGGGUGUGUCAGGUGGACAUCUAAAUCCGGCAUUCUCGCUCAGCCUGUGCGUCCUGGGCCGGUUCCCCUGGUGGAAACUGCCCAUCUAUGUCAUCAUCCAGAUGGUGGGCUCUUUUGCCGGAGCGGCAGCUGCAUUCGCGCUGUACUACGAUGCCAUCCAGAGUUACACCGGUGGCAACCUGACUGUGUACGGACCACGAGAGACGGCCUCCAUAUUUUCCUCAUACCCCGCCCCCUACCUGAGCAUCGCCAACGGUUUUCUCGAUCAGGUGAUGGGGACAGCAAUGUUGAUGGUCGGCAUCUUGGCCAUCAUUGACUCCAAGAACAAGCCGGUCCCGAAGGGUCUGGAGCCAGUCGUGGUUGGGAUGUUGGUGUUCUCCAUUGGCCUUUCCAUGGGAGCGAAUUGUGGUUAUCCGAUCAACCCGAGUCGAGACCUGGGACCGCGGCUCUUCACCUACGUGGCGGGAUGGGGCUCAGAUGUCUUCAGAGCCGGAAAAAACUGGUGGUGGGUGCCCAUCGUGGCACCGUGCGUGGGUGCGGUUUUUGGCACCUUGCUGUACCAGAUUUUGGUGGAGAUCCACCACCCGGCACAGGAAACCAAAGCGGAAGUGUCUACCAACGUGGAGACCCCGGCAGAAAAAACGAAGGAGAUUCCGGUCUUCACGAUCAAUUUGGACAACUCUUUGUGCCAUCGGCUUUGACUGGCCUUCCAUUGCGUGGUCCUAGUUUGGCCCGAUGGUGCUUUCCCACGGCACACGGACUCACGGGCUACUGUUGUGUCCUCUUAUGGAAGUGUCUGUAUUCACGACACGACUCAAGUUAUUAAACCUUUUUAGUUGUACAGGUGAGAGCUGCAGCAGGGGGGUCACCUCUGGAUAGAGCUGCAUUGACGGCAAUGGCUGCUUGUCUGGUACCCAGAGAAGCCGGGGCAUCUCCUGAGGCUCCAUGACCUGCUGAGGGCCAUAUCUUUGAGGAACAGUUCAUGUCACCUCUCCUUGGGUUCCAUUCAGGGCCUUGUUCUCAUCCACCUAUCAGGAGAGGAACAUGAGGGGUACCAUUCUUGGCCUGCUAGUGAGAAUGCUAGAUGCCUGGCUGUGUUGGGUUUCAAAGGUUCGGAGUGUAGGACCUGGAAAAAAGCAUGUAGCAAGUGAAAGUCAAUGUUACAAGCUUCCAGAACCAGGGGGAACUACCAGAGACCUGCCCUCCACCCACUAUCUUCUAGAAGCUUCUCCAAGCUUCCAUAACCAGGUGGAACUACCAGAGACCUGCCCUGUGGAGUCCUCCAGCCUGACCUGGAGUAACCCGACCCAAUUUCAGACUCACUUUAAGUCUCACCCCAAUGGGUGACACCUUAUUUAAGGGCCGAUCUAGCCACCCUUUCAGGGCCUUCUGCCUGGGGAAUGGAUUACCCUCAAGUAUGCAGAUCAGGAUCUCCUGGCCUCCACCCACUAACUUCUAGAAGCUUCUCCAAGCUUCCAUAACCAGGGGGAACUACCAGAGACCUGCCCUCUGGAGUCCUCCAGGUUGACCUGGAGUAACCCGACCCAAUUUCAGACUCGCUUUAAGUCUCACCCCAAUGGGUGACACCAAAUUUAAGGGCUUAUCCAGCCACCCUUUCAGGGCCUUCUGCCUGGGGAAUGGAUUACCCUCAAGU